AUGGAAUUAUCAAAUAGUCAUGAUCCAACGGCCGAUAUCAAAUUCACCGGCCACCUCCCGGGCGACGCCAUAAUCGAGAUACUUUCACGGCUUCCCGCCAAGGAUCUCUGCAAAUUCAGGUGCGUUUCCAAAUCGUGGCUCGAUUUAUUAACUCGGGACGAGGAAUUCGUAACACGACAUAUGCAGCGGUCUAAGAAAAAACCAAUGUCACUCAUCAGAAGAUACAACAACAACAACAACAACAACAAGAGCCAAGUAACAGUCGAACUGACCUUAAAAGACGUGCAGGGCAAUAUAGCCGAUAAAUUUACUGAAAAAAUCGAUGGCCCGGUUAACUCAUUUGUCACUUAUGGCCCCCUAAGUGUCUUUUGCAGCAUGCGCUCUUUGUAUGUAUGCAACCCGAGCAUGCACAGAGUCGUACGAGUCCCUUCCGGCCCGAAUAAUGCCCGUUUUCAGAACAUGGGAUUCGGCCAUCUUCCCAAGAGGAAUGAGUACAAGAUAGUUAACAUGUUCAAGAGUGAUAAAAUGAAAUGUGAGAUUUUCUCGUUCAAGAGCGGCGAAAACGUGCAAUUGGGUUCUUGGAGAACAAUUAAGGAUUGCCCGUCUAAUAAUGCAUGGUGGAUGGACGGAUAUCCCGUUUGUGCAAACGGGAUUAUGUAUUGGACGCUUUCGUCCUUAAGCGAAAAAAAAAUCCAUCUUGUGUCUGAAUUUGGAAAACGAAGAAUUUAG